AUGACUCAAGGCCCUACUGGUUGAAUGGAUGAAACUCAUCAUACAUGGGGAAGAAGGCAAAUGUACAUCAUUGGAGUGAAGAAAAGAUGAAAGAAUAUGAAUCUUAGUCUUGGUCCAUUAUUUUAUUCCUUCAAGAAAAUCUACUUUACCUGCAUUUGUUUGCACCAGAUUUCCUGGUGAUCCAGUCUUUGGUGUCAUAAAAAAUACAAAGUUUUCUCUAAAUUCAAGGUUGAUCUUUGCUGUAUUUGUGCAACGUUUACCAAGUCCCAAUAAGCUUCUUCGUGAAAAUAUUACUUGCUACUAUUGCUAGAUUCAGUCUAGGAAGUAUAAUUCUUAAAUCAAAUCGCUAGUUGAAGUCACUGAGAUUCAUGAUUUCAUGUAAAACGAGUGGUAUUUCAUGGCAAAGAAGAAGAAGAGCUGGUUCAAUCUACUGAGGAGAAUUUUCAUUGCAGAUACAAAAUCAAGAAAGAAGGAUGAAAGAAAAGGAUGGGCAUUUGGAAGAUUUAAGAGCAAAAGGUUAGCCUCUCUAUCAGCACCACCACCUCCAAAGAAGAGCAUACUAGGUGCACCUGAAGAAGAGAAGCAGAAUUAUGCAGAAAAUGGAACCAUUAACACUACGGCUGCAGAAAUCUCUCGUACUAAUACUCGAGAUUUCAGGCCCGGUGUCAGCCCUCGAUUGUCCACUCAAGACAAGAAAGAAUCCCAUGAAGUUUCAGCAACCAAUGUCUUUAGCCCUGCUUCACAAUCUCAUCAAUGCCAAUUGCAGAUCCAACAUCUUGCAGCUAUCAAAAUUCAAUCAGCAUUUCGCGGAUAUCUAGCUAGAAAAGCUUUACGUGCACUGAAGGGACUAGUAAGGCUUCAGGCGAUAAUUCGCGGUUGGGCAGUUCGACGCCAAGCCAUUAAUACCCUCAAGUGUUUGCAAAGCAUAGUGAACAUUCAGUCAGAGUUUCGUGCCAAGAGAUGUGAUAUGGUGAAGACCACUCAGCAUAAUCAAGAAAACCAGGUGCAGGACAUGACAGAGAAGGACAUAAGGAUUGAUACAAAUAGCCAGAGAACGUGGGAUGAUAGUACUUUGUCGAGGGAUGAAGCAAAUGCAUCGUCCAUGAACAAGAGGGUGGCUUCAAUCAGGAGAGAAAGAAUAAAGGAAUACUGGUUAAAUCAUCGGAGGUCCACUGAGUCAGAACAAAGCAAGCAAAAUGUAAAACAGAGAUACUGGCUAGAACAAUGGAUGGAUUCCCAGUUGGCUAAAAGAGAAGAUCUUCGCAAUAUAGGAACAGCGUUCCCGGUAAAUGCAAAGGCCAAAGAGGAACUAGCUGGCAGAAGACUCAGACUAAGAAUUCAGAAACAAUAUCAGAUUGAAGGAUUGGAUUCUCCUCUAAAUGUUCCAAGAAGAUCAUUUCACAGGAGGCAACGUUCCAACGGAGAUGAGGACUCUUUUGUAGGCUCUCCUUCUGUUCCAACAUACAUGGCAGCCACAGAAUCUGCUAAGGCAAAAGUUAGAUCAAUGAGCUCACCCAGGCUAAGACCAAUCUGUUUUGAUGCUUACUCUGAGAUCAAUUCUCCAUAUAAGCAUAAACUCUCUCCCAUAUCUUCCAUUAAUAGUGAGGCUACAAGCUGCAGUCAGAUCAGCAAACACUAUGGUUUCUCCCAAAGAUCUCCAUGCUUGAAAGGUAUACCUGGUCCAAUCAAGUCACAUAGAAGUCUGAAGGAGUUCAACUUGAUUGUAGAGAGUAAUAAAGAUCAACUGAAUGCCUAUGGAUGAUUCAAUUAUGCCAUCCAACUCUAUGCUAGAAGUCUAAGAACCUCAGCUUUAUUGCAGAGAGCUUAUUGCGGGUUUCAGCUCUUUUGCUUUGACAAGGAAUUGAGCUUGUAUUGCAGAUGUACUUGAAUGCCAAAAUGACACAUGAAAGGAGAUAGGAAUAUUCGAAUGAAACUCCAUAGUUUUUAAGUUGUAUUCGAUUAAAACCAAUGUUACAUGAUUACCAGAUUCCCUA